AAGACAAAUUUAUGUCACUGUUCACAGCCAAACUUCGAGCUCACGUCACGUCACAUGCAUCCGUACAAUGCGCUUCCGCACAUGUUUACGCCUUCCGCAGAGGCGUAAGUCCUACUGUAACAUCACUUCAUACUCCUUUAGCUGCUUUUCAACACUCAUUCAAGCCAGCAUUGCAGUUUGUCUCAAAGCAUAAUUUAAUGCUUCACUCUCACCCAACUAUUACGAAGCUUCAUUCUCUUCAGACGAGACUUCAGAUACAUUAAAACAACCAAUUCAGUUUGGCGUUAGUUUUCAGCAGAUUCACAUUAUGUAACAUUUUUUAGAUAUUGUGGACAUUAUUCUAAGUUUUCACAGCCAGCAAUCCACAUUUGGCAUCAGCCUGUCAACAAGGGAGCAAUCACAGCCGGAAGUUCUUCAGAACUUGCCUUCUCUAGUUUUAUUGGUUUUGUUAUUGAUGUCUAUUGGCGUAAACUCAGUCGGUAACGCAUGCGCAGUGACAACAAAAAGCCUUGUCAAAGCUAGUGGAGGAGGAUGGAUGCUCUGGCUGUGAUGCAGCAUGUAAAGACUUGAUAGACGGCUAAAUAUACACCCGAUUCAGGUUCGAAAUGGGAAAAGGCUGUAAAGUUGUAAUAUGUGGCCAAGCAGCAGUUGGUAAAACUGCCAUACUGGAGCAGUUGCUGUACGGAAAUCACUCUGUCGGCUCUGAGUCCAGUGAGACCCAAGAGGACGUGUACGUGGCCUCAGUGGAGACGGACCGCGGUGUGAAGGAGCAGCUGAGGCUGUAUGACACCAAGGGUCUCCACGAUGGGCAAGACCUCCCAAAACACUACUACUCAGUGGCAGAUGGCUUUGUCCUAGUCUACAGUGUCGACAGCCUGGAGUCUUUCAAGAAGGUGGACAUUCUGAAGAAGGAAAUAGACAAGUCCAGAGACAAGAAAGAGGUGACAGUCAUAGUUUUGGGAAAUAAGACGGACCUGCGAGAGCGUCGCCAGGUGGACCAGGAGGUGGCACAGCAGUGGGCACGUGGCGAGAAGGUGAAGCUGUGGGAGGUGAGCGUCAGCGAACGCAACUCCCUCAUCGAACCCUUCACCCAGCUCACCAGCCGCCUCACACAGCCUCAGAGCAAGUCUGCCUUCCCUCUACCAGGGCGCAAAAGCAAAGGCACCCCAUCCAAUGACAUCUGAAAGUCCUCCCUGCUCCUGUUAGUGAGCUGCAUUCACCUCUUAUGGGAACAAUCAGCAGGACAACAUGGUCAGGCCUUUAGGUUGGCACCGUGGUUGAUUCUGUGUAAAUAUACAAUUCUACAGCGUGGUAGAUUUAGGGGACUGGUUCAACAUCUUGGGAAAUGUGCAUAUUUGCUGUGUUUCUGAGAGUGAGAACAUAAGAUUCUUACAUAUCUGUGUGAUAGCUAGCAGUAUACCAUCAACUGUGGAAAAACUCUACCCACUAACACAUCUUAUCUCAUUUGUUUAAUCUGUACAGAAGUAACAGAAGUGUGAAAUAUUGUUUUGAACAUAUUUUGACUUUAGGGGUACUGAAGUGCUGGAACUGCUCCCUGACAAACAGGUUAUCCAUCGGCCCAGUAUUUAUGUGCAGUGUCUCCAGCUGUAGUCAGUGAGCACAGGUUUUAGUAGUGCCCGACCAAUACACAUUUUUGGGACCAAUAUUAGGGAGUAAAAGAUUCCACUGUUGAUCUGUUGGGCAGUAAACACACUUGUUUUGCAACUAUCCCUCAAAUGAUGUUUUCUAACACUUGUGAUUUUGCAUAACGGUGCAUAACCGACAACAUAUACACCAAUACUAAUAAAUCUGUGAUAGGCCAAUAUGGUUCAGUAAUAUUAGGAAACCAACACAUUGUCCAGGCUUUGGAUUUUGGUGUUGCUUUCUGUAAAGGCAUGAUCGGACUAAACCUUACAGCCACAUUUUGAUGACAAACUCAUUGGGCUGUUGCUCCCAGCCGUUUUUUUGCUCUGGAAUGAAAUAAAAAUUAGAUUUUUAGAAGGCAUAAUGUAGUGGAACUAUUUUUUAUGUUUUUGGCAAACAGCACCCAGGUGUGGCUGUUGUUUGCAGCUUCUUGUACUCGUAGUCAUCACAUUGAGCUUGUCAGGUUUGGUAGUCAUCAUGCUUUUUCAGACACCAAGACACGAACCUGUGUAAAAGCUGCAAAAAAGUGCUGUGCAGCUGGGUGAACUGUUGUUUGUCAAGAAAGUGGUCUAACAUUUAACUCCCCCAUAAGUUAGUAAAUUCUAUAUUUAUGUUUAUGUUAAGGCAAACAAACAGGACAGGUGUUAUUUAGAUUUUUGAAUAGAGCCAGGUUAACCGUUUCUCUGCCUCAAGUCUUUAUGCUCAGCUAACGUCCUGACUACAGAUUUGUACUGUAGACGUGAUACUUAUCUUCUCAUCUCGUUUACAGAAGGAGAAGCCAAUAGGCAUAUUUUCCAGUGUGUUAAUUUAUCCAGUGAGGAUGCAUGUAGUAGUUUAUUGUUUGUAGCAAUCAGAAAUGUGAACCACAAACCAAAUCCCUAUUAUUACACCUCUUUUCUGUGCACUAUUUAACACUUAAGUGUGUAGUCAGUCUUUUCUUCAGUGCAUUGUUGCGUGGACAAGCACUUCAGUACCAAAGAUUUGAGAUGACCAAAACACAUUUGAACUGCUGUUGUGAAAUGUUAACUGUCAUUUUUUAAUUGAAAUCCGUUUAAAAGUGAAAGGAUGUUCAGAUUUUGCAUAAGUCUAUGUUGUGAAAAUACAGCACUUACAUUCCCAUAUUUACAUGUAAAGAGUCAAAAGUUGCUGUAGUAAUUCUUCCUCUCUGUCCCAAGAGAUCCCAUUCUAGAGCUACCACAAAAGAUAAUUUGUCCUGUCUAUCUGAAGCUGUAAAAAUGUGUAUUUGUGCGAGGAAGAGAUCUCUCCAUAGUUGAUUCAGACAGGAUGAAUGUAAAGCAACCUGUAACUCUCUGAGCAUUGGUAUGAGAUUGUUGUACUAGGAUACUGUACUGAUACUGUCCUAUAAGCUCACUAGAGCAGUGUUUUCAAUCAGAAUUUGUGUACCUAUAAUGUUAUUUCCCAUCUGAAGUGAAUGCAGCACGACUCCUUGUCCUGUGGCAGGACGCAGCUAGCCUUCAUCCAGUCCAUCUCAUAUUAAAUAUGGCCUGGCAGCAAUAAUAUCCAUGGUACGCCUUUACAUGUGAUGUAUAAUUCCAUAAUGUCUGUGUGGCAUUAGUUGCACUCCUGUGUUGUCCAGCCUGUAUAAUCCAAUAGGGCUACUAGUUCAAGCUGUGUGUGCAAAAGCUUUUCUAACAGCAGAAAUGACAGUGUUGAGAGGAAAUAUUUAUUUUCUGACAAACUUAUUUUUGUCACUUCAAUGAACCACAUUCCAUCACUUUUCAAAAUAGUAAAACAAUAUGAAGGAUGA